GAGCGGUCAAAAAGCUUGAACAUGCGCCUCGGCAACACAUGCCUGGCGCUAGGCCUCUGCCUGUGUUUUAGUGUAUUUUUACCUUUGGAAUUUGUUCGGGCGGCCAGUAUUUUGGCCGUAUUUCCGUACCGCCUGGAACACCUCUUUCAUGUGGUGCGGCCGUUGAUGAAGGCGUUGACGGUUCGAGGACACAACAUCACCAUGAUCACGCCCAUGGGAAUGUUGGAGGACAUCGAUGGAGUUCGGCACAUCAGGGUGCCCAUGCUGAAUACCCACAUGCAAGCUACGGUUGAAAAGGACCAAUUUCUGGACUUUUUCGCCGACAAAUGGUCUGAAGGAUCGUUGGUUGCCACCGUGUUCCAUAACAUCUCAUAUGCCAUACUCAGCAACGACGCUGUCCAAAAAAUGCUUAAAGACAGUAGCCAGCACUUCGACCUAGUACUGUUGGAGGCAGGUCACAUGGACGCCCUCUACGGACUGGCAGAAUUCUACAAUGCCACCCUGAUGGGUUUUUGCUCCGUGCGCAUAAACUGGAAUGUGGACGACCUAGCUGGAAAUCCGGCGCCGAGCAUUCUCGAGCCUAUAUCCCCCAUGGGAUUUUCCCGGGAUAACUCUUUUCUGGGUCGACUACACAACUGGAUAUACAUCUCGGAGGAGCGGAUGGUAGAAUACUUGGUCAUAAGACCUUCACAGAAACUCAUCUUAAAACAAUUUUUCGGUUAUUCGGCUCAGCAACUGGAAGAGCUUCGUUCCAGAAUUUCACUCUUUCUGAUAAACAACCACUUCAGUAUGGGCCGAGUAAGGGCCAACGUUCCAAAUAUUAUCGAAAUCGCAGGGAUACACCUUUCCGAGCCACCAGAGCCAUGUGAAAAGGAUCUUCAGCAAUUUUUGGACGAAGCGAAGAAUGGAGUUAUUUACAUAUCGAUGGGUAAUGAAUUAAUAGGGAAGUAUCUGCCUGAAAAUCUACAGCAGACGCUGCUGCAAAGCAUUUCCCAACUGAGGCAAAGGAUCGUGUUGAGAACUGGAGCCACCACUAACCAAACGGGAAAUAUAUACAGGAUUUCCCAUGCCCCGCAGCGAAUGAUUCUGUCCCAUCCAAAUGUUCGGCUCUUUGUCACAAACGGCGGACAACUGAGUAUGAUAGAGGCGAUUGACAGCGGAGUUCCGAUGCUGGGACUGCCAUUUUUCUUUGACCAGUUUAGUAACAUGCAUCGAAUGCAAUUGGCUGGAACAGCAAAAGUUUUAGAUCUCAAGUCACUGAAUGCAGACCUCCUUACUAGUACUAUUCGGGAGCUUAUCGAAAAUCCCAAGUACGCCCAAAGGGCCAAAGCCAAGGCGCGCCAGUUUAGGGACCGCCCCACAAGUCCUUUGGACACCGCCGUCUGGUGGACGGAAUAUGCUCUGAGGCAUCCAGAUGUCACCCAUACUCGCUUAAAUCAGGAUGAGAUUCCCAUCAUGCGAUAUUACCGUAUGGACAGCAUUUUGUCCUUGGGUCUUCGCUUUGGAAUUGUUACAUUGUCGGUUAUUUGGAUUAUAACUUGGAUUAGUUAUAAGCUAUUCACAAGAAUUGGACGAAAGCCUGAAAAGAAAGAAAUAGUCCUGGUGCACAUUAAAACGCCAAUUAAAGGGAGUCCCAUAUCAUAGUUAAUAUAUUAAUAUACUCGAGUAUGUUUGGAAAACCAGAAAUGUUUAGAAAACGUAAUUACGAGUUACUAAACAAACCUCUACAGAAAUAUAAGGAAAAGUUGUAAUCAAUUUUUAAAACUUCCCAAUAUCUUAUCUUGUUUUUAUCAGCUGUUUCGUGCUAAUCAAUGAAUUGAUGAGAAAUAUAUGGUCUCUGGGCCCGUUUAGAUUA